AUGGUCCUGAAAAAUCCAAGCAAAGAGAGGAGGGAGGCGGUGCCUGGAGAUGGGGAGAAGGAUGAAAAAAACCUAAAGCUCAGAGAGGUCUCCUGGGGCCCUUACUCUGGGGACGAUGAUGAGGCAUACUCCUCUGAACCGCUGCCGGAGCUCUGCUACAAGGCAGACGUCCAGGCCUUCAGCAGGGCCUUCCAACCCAGUGUCUCCCUGACGGUGGCUGCGCUGGGUCUGGCCGGCAAUGGCCUGGUUCUGGCCACCCACCUGGCAGCCCGCCGCGUGGCCCGCUCUCCCACCUCAGCCCACCUGCUCCAGCUGGCCCUGGCCGACCUCCUGCUGGCAUUGACCCUGCCUUUUGCCGCAGUCGGGACUCUGCAGGGCUGGAGCCUGGGCAGUGCCACCUGCCGCGCCAUCUCCGGCCUCUACUCUGCCUCCUUCCACGCCGGCUUCCUCUUCUUGGCCUGUAUCAGCGCCGACCGCUACGUGGCCAUUGCGCGGGCCCUCCCGGCCGGGCCGCGGCCUUCUGCACCAGGCCAGGCGCACUUGGUCUCAGCCGUUGUGUGGCUGCUGUCACUUCUCCUGGCGCUGCCCGCGCUCCUCUUCAGCCGGGACGGGCACCGGGAAGGCCAGAGGCGCUGCCGCCUCAUCUUCCCCGAGGGCCUUACGCAGACGGUGAAGGGGGCAAGUGCCGUGGCGCAGGUGGCCCUGGGCUUCGCACUGCCGCUGAGCGUCAUGGCGGCCUGCUACGCCCUCCUCGGCCGCACGUUGCUGGCCGCCAGGGGGCUGGAGCGCCGGCGCGCGCUACGCGUCGUGGUGGCUCUGGUGGCUGCCUUCGUGGUGCUGCAGCUGCCCUACAGCCUCGCCCUGCUGCUGGAUACCGCCGAUCUGUUGGCUGCUCGCGAGCUGAGCUGCCCAGCCAGCAAGCGCAAGGAUCUAGCUCUGCUGGUGACCGGCGCCUUGGCCCUCGCCCGCUGCGGCCUCAACCCUGUGCUCUACGCCUUUCUGGGGCUGCGCUUCCGCCAGGACCUCCGGAGGCUGCUGCGGGGUGGGGGCUGCAGCCCAGGGCCUCACCCUCGCGGCCGCUGCCCCCGUCGGCCCCGCCUGUCUUCCUGCUCCGCUCCCACUGAGACCCACAGUCUCUCCUUUUAGGACAACCAGAGUUGCGAAUCUAGAGGAGGGGGCGGGCUGAGGAAACUACGCCAGGGAGUGUAGUGGGAAAGGGGAGUAGAUGGGAGAACACUGAGAAAGAGGUAGGGACCUAAAGGGGUUGCUUCUGUGCCUUAACACAUUAAAUUGAUAACAUGAAAAUGAGAUGCAAGCCAACAACUGUUACUAUUUUUGAGUCACCGACUUGGAAGUGAUUUAUAGCAGGGCAGAGCCGGUGGGUCACCCCUCCCGCUUGGUUCUGAGGGGAAGGCGCUGAGAGCCCGGGUGGGGGUGGGGACUGCUGAGCCCGCUAAGGUUCUAGGCACUGACAUCCCCUCCACCUUCGCUCCGUCUCUGCCAACAGAGGUGAGGUGGGAAAGCUGCCAGGCGAGGAGGGGCGGGGGUUCCUCUCGAAAUAGUGUAAGGAAGAGCUUUCUAACAACCAGAGCUAUCCAGUAAUGGCUGCCUUAGGAAGUACCGAGUUCCUGGCCUCUGGAAUGUUUCAAGCUGAGGCUGUCGGGCACUGCGUGUGCCUGUGCGUGGGAUGGGGGUAGGGGUACGAGGGUGGACGUUUGGAUAAGAUUACCAUUUUACAAUCCCUUCCAAGGUUCUGUGAUGGAAGGAAAAAAGUAAUUUAAAAAGUUGAACAGGAGUUCUUCACUAUGAAGAAAAACCAAGACAAGGACAGAAUUGCAAUUUGCAAAUUUCCUACAGCCAUCGUUACCGGCGUGGUGGGGAGGAGGGGGUUGCUGUUCUCCAUCUUCCCAGGGGACGGGGUCAGAGGAAACGCACUGAGCCUGCCGGAAAGGCGGAGGUUAGACAUCAGAAAGAACUUCCCUGCAACCAAGGGCCUGGGCUCCGGACGGGGAAGAGCGCAUAUGGUUGUGGUGUCUCCAUCCCUAGGAAAACUCAGUGCAGGCCACUCUCAUCCAGGGCAAGGGCAUGGCCGGGAUGGCCUCUGAAGGCAGUAGUAUUGAUUCCUGGUCUUUGUUUUACACAAUCACACAGGCAGAAUCGUGUUUACAUGCGACAACUCUCGCAGUUUAAUAUCCGGUCAGCAAAGCUGUCCUGGCCACUCCAGCCUUGAGAAGGGGGUGAGGGGGCCCAGGGCGAGAGGGACGGGGCGUGGCGAGGAGGUCUCAAGGGAGGCGCUGGCCUGAAGUCCCCGC